UGGCUGCCAAGUUCUUCGUCUCUUCUUCUUCUUCUUCAUCUUCAAAUCUCAUCUUCAACAUUCUCCCUGGCAUUACAAGAGAACUCAUCGGCCACGACUCACACGGGUCAGAUCAAUUCCAACUCAGUCCUGGUGGCUUUGUUGGACUCGCAUUACACUGAGCUUGCCGAGUUGGUGGAGAAAGCUUUGCUGUUGCAGACCCUCGAAGAAGCUGUUGGUAAACACAAUAUCACCAUUUUUGCUCCUAAGAAUGAAGCUCUCGAGCGGGAUCUCGACCCGGAGUUCAAGCGCUUCUUGCUCGAACCCGGUAAUCUCAAGUCCCUCCAAACUCUCUUGCUUUAUCACAUUGUGCCCGCCAGGAUCAAUCCCCAUUCGGAUUUAACCCACCACUGUACGCUAUCGCACGACCGAGUUGAACUCACCGGCGAUGAUUCCUUCGGUGUUAGAUUCAUCGGUACGGCUAGAGUCAUUGCCCCCAACGCCGUCAACCGUUCCGACGGUGUCAUCCACGGCAUCGAACAGCUCUUGAUCCCCCGAUCCGUACAACAAGAUUUCAACAACCGUAGAAGCCUCCGCUCGAUCUCCGCCGUGAAACCGGAAGGAGCUCCGGAAGUCGACCCCAGAACCCACCGCUUGAAAAAACCGGCCCCUCCAGUCAAGGCCGGCUCUCCGCCCGUCCUCCCAAUCUAUGACGCCAUGGCUCCGGGCCCAUCGCUAGCCCCGGCACCGGCUCCGGGACCCGGCGGACCCCACCACCAUUUCAAUGGGAUGAGGCAAGUCAAAGAUUUCAUACAGACUCUGCUACAAUACGGCGGGUACAACGAAAUGGCGGACAUUUUAGUGAACUUAACAUCAUUAGCCACCGAAAUGGGUCGCCUGGUUUCCGAGGGCUACGUUUUAACGGUUUUAGCACCCAACGACGAGGCAAUGGCGAAGCUGACGACGGACCAGCUGAGUGAACCCGGCGCGCCGGAACAAAUCAUAUAUUACCACAUAAUCCCAGAGUACCAGACCGAGGAAAGUAUGUACAACGCUGUGAGGAGAUUCGGGAAAGUUUCAUACGAUACAUUGAGAUUGCCCCAUAAAGUAUUGGCUCAGGAAGCUGAUGGGUCUGUUAGAUUCGGCCAUACCGAUGGAUCUGCGUAUUUGUUCGACCCCGACAUUUACACCGACGGAAGGAUCUCCGUUCAGGGUAUCGACGGCGUUCUUCUCCCGCCGGAGGACAAAGCUAAGGAAGAAAAGAAAACCAUCAAAAUAGCCACCGUCAAACCCAGAAGAGGGAAGUUGCUCGAAGUCGCGUGCCGAAUGCUCGAGGCGAUCGGACAAGACUCCCCUUUCACCACUUGCCGACUGUGAACACAACAACCAUCACUUCCCUGCAUCAUAAAUAGAACUUCAAACAAAGAAAAGGUAAAUUCCUCAUUCUUACAUAGUAUAAACGCAACCAUAUCCGCAUCGAAUGCCAGAUUUGUCUGA